GGCCCGCAGUGAUGACGUAGGAAGCGCGGCUCCAUAAUGGCUCUAACUGCAAAGAAACAGAACAGAGGAGGGAGAAAAAUCUCCGUAGACGGACCCGAAAUCUCGGACUAAACUUAGCUCCCCGAUGUACAUGAGAUAUUUUUCCAGGGUAUUUUCAGCUAUGGCUGGACCCAGGCCUGUGGUGCUGAGCGGGCCGUCCGGGGCGGGGAAGAGCACGCUGCUGAAGAAGCUCAUGAAAGAAUACGACAGUGUGUUUGGCUUCAGCGUCUCCCACACAACAAGAAGUCCUCGUCCCGGAGAAGUGAAUGGCAAAGAUUAUCAUUUUGUCACACGAGAGGCGAUGCAGACGGGGAUAGAAAACGGAGACUUCAUUGAGCACGCAGUGUUUUCAGGGAACAUGUACGGGACGAGUAAAGCGGCUGUGCAAGACGUCCAGGCCAAGAACCUCAUCUGUAUACUUGACAUUGACAUGCAGGGUGUGAGGAGCAUUAAAAGGGCCGACCUCAAUCCCAUCUACAUCUCUAUCCAGCCGCCAUCCAUGGAGGUCCUGGAAAACCGUUUAAGAGACAGAAAAACGGAGACAGAAGAGAGCCUCCAGAAGCGUUUACAUGCAGCCAGAGUGGAUAUGGAGAUUAGUAAAGAGCAAGGAUUAUUUGAUACAGUAAUUGUCAAUGAUAGUUUGGAGGAAGCUCAUGGGCAGUUAAAGGCAGUUCUUCUUGAGGAAAUAAAAAAGGUCAAGAAAACCAACAUGUCUUCGUAGGAUACCGCAGCAUCCUUGCACCUUUUUAGUCCAGUCCAUCCACUCCUCACAAAAUCACAGACCUCCUAUCAAGUCGAGAACAUUCCCUCCGCUGGUCUGUGAAGCUCAGACGUCCCUUUGACAUGGUAUUCAGGAGAAGUUAUUACCAAAUGAUAUGUAAAGUGGAACUUUUUUUAAAAAUUAUCAACAAGAAGCAUUUCCAUGUUUUUGUUUUUAUUUGUAUGACGAAAAUAUACUCCAACAAUGCUUACUUGUAAAGUGUGAGGCUUUGUUUUCAGUGUGUUUGAGGGCAGAGUCGACCGAUAAACAACACAAGCGGAGAAACAAAACUCAUUCCAUUAUGUGGGCAAACCGGUCUUAUGAAGGGUGUGACAAAGUACAAUUCUGGAUAUCUUGAUUAGAGAGAGUUAGUUAUGCUACCUCUCAUUUGAGGUCUUUCUUUUUCUACAACCCGUCACAUCAUGGUGAUACAGAUGUGCAGUGUGAUGAAUACAUCACAGACUCAGUCAGGGUUUGAUCUCAGGCCCCUGCACAUGAUUAGUUCAGGAGGGGAAACUCCAGCUCUACAACUGAUUUCUCAAAAUAUGGUGGCUGUUUUACUUUCAUAAGAUUCAUAUACUAUAACUUUACUGAUUAAAUCAACUAUUCCAGUAUAUCUUCUUACAGGUUGUUGUACAUUUUUAGUGUUUGUGCUUGCUAAACUCCAUGUAAGUGUUUAAAGUUGUGCUUCAGCGGGAUUAAAUCCCAGGGUAGAGGUCGAAACUGUUGCUUCAAACAAACCGAGGACACCAUAUGUCACGAGGAUAAUCGCUCUAAAAUAACAGAUGAAAUGUUUACUUUGAAGUUGUACAUUUUUUUUUAUUGUCACUCUAUCAUGUUGUUGCUUCACCUGUACAGUAAAAUGACAGUUUUUUUGACUUUGAAGGAAAAUUAAACACUUUUUAUUCU